UCCACUGAGACCAUGAGGGUUCACACGGACCGGACCGCAUGAGGACCACCAGGACCCGGACCAGAUGGACCAGAUGGAUCGGAGGACCAGCAGCGGCCCCGGGGCCCCCCCCCCCGCCUGGGGGGCCAUGGUGAAGUCUGCCUCGGCGUACGCAGACCUGCAGCAGCACCGGGCCGAGGGCGUCCGCAGGAAGCCGCGUCCGGCGUCCGGCUACGUGCCCCAGCCCGACUACCUGGAGGAGGACGAGGACGAGGACCUCAUCAAGCCCAAGAAGCUGGUGAACCCCGUCAAGGCUUCAAAGAGUCACCAGGAGCUUCACCGGGAGCUGAUGAGCAGCUGCAAACGAGGCAGCGGGGUGAGUGUGGAGACAAAGCCGGAGCUGCAGAGAGUUCUGGACUCGAGGAAAAGAGAUCAGCUGAUGAAGAAGAGGAAACAGGAAGAGGAAGAACGGAGGAAGAUCUCCCCUCUGGAGGCGGAGCUUCUGAAGAGACACCAGAAACUGGACGAGUUGGACCGACACCAGGAGGAAGAGGACGACUCGAAAGCGCCGGAGUUCGUCAAAGUGAAAGAAAAUCUGAGACGGACGUCGUUUCACAGUAAAGAAGAAAAGGAAGUGUAGAGAGGACUGAUGUCCGCUAGAGGACAGAGGACUCAAAGAUAAAGGGACUCAAACACACAAGGACUCAAACAUACAAGGACUCAAACAUACAAGGACUCAAACACACAAGGACUCAAACAUAUGAGGACUCAAACAUACGAGGACUCAAAGAUACAAUGAUUUAAUCACACAAGGACUCAAACAUACAAGGACUCAAACAUACAAAGACUCAAACACACAAGGACUCAAAGAUACAAGGACUCAAACAUACGAGGACUCAAACAUACAAGGAUUAAAACACACGAGGACUCAAACAUACAAUGAUUAAAACACACGAGGACUCAAACAUACAAGGACUCAAACACACAAUGACUCAAACAUACAAGGACUCAAACAUACAAUGACUCAAACACACGAGGACUCAAACAUACAAUGAUUAAAACACACGAGGACUCAAACAUACAAUGACUCAAACACACAAUGACUCAAACAUACAAGGACUCAAACAUACAAGGAUUCAAACACACAAGGACUCAAACAUUCAAGGACUCAAACAUACAAGGACCCAAAUACACGAGGACUCAAACACACGAGGACUCAGACAUACAAGGAUUCAAACACAAAAGGACUCAAACAUACAAGGACUCAAACAUACGAGGACUCAAACAUACAAUGAUUAAAACACACGAGGACUCAAACACACGAGGACUCAAACAUACAAGGACUCAAACACACAAUGACUCAAACAUACAAGGACUCAAACAUACAAGGAUUCAAACACACAAGGACUCAAACAUACGAGGACUCAAACAUACAAUGAUUAAAACACACGAGGACUCAAACAUACAAGGACUCAAACACACAAGGACUCAAACAUACGAGGACUCAAACAUACAAUGAUUAAAACACACGAGGACUCAAACAUACAAGGACUCAAACACACGAGGACUCACUUAGGACAAAUCAAGGACACUCUUGGAACACACUGAGGACAAUCGGAGGACACAACCAUACGAAGGACACUGAGGACACUCAGAGGACACUAAGGAAACUCUGUGACACUCUGAGGACACUGAGGACACUCUGAGGACACUGAGGACACUCAGGGCGUCUGAGGACUCUGAGGACUCUUUCCAGAUGCUGGACAGAACAGCUGUGAUGUCUCUGGGGAGACUUGAGGCCAACCAGUAAUUCAUCAUUAUGGGAUGGAUUACCCGAGUUGUCACACCUGUUGGAUGACUGUUGCCGUGGAGACGGACAGCGUCUUUCUGAAUGACUGUUUCCAGACAUGUCUCAGAAAGGUUUUUUGAAACCUAUUUGAAAAGAUCUUGAAAAUGAAGAAAUUAUUUUAUUUUACAGUCAAAGUAAUUUUAAAGAUUUACAGAAGUCAUAAUUACAAGAAACAGAAGUCAUAAUUAUGUUAUACAGAAGUCAUAAUUAGAAGCAACAGAAAUCAGAAUUUGGAGACUCUGGUCAUUAUAAAAUACAAGAUGUUCUCAUUAUGUCCAAUUAAAAGAAAAUAUUUAAUUCAUAUACGACUCAGUUAUAAUAACUAUUUGCUAAUUAUGUACGAAAAAUAAGUUUUCUUGUGAUUAUGAACAUUCUGACAAAACAUGAAGAAAUGCAAUAAAUAGAUUUUAUUUAUUGCAUUUUAACUGGUGAUAAGUUCUAGUUAAAUUAAAUCAUUUGUAAAUCAUCAUUAUAAGAUAUAGAAACGUAUAAUUCUCAUUUCUUCAGACGCUAACUCAUGAAUGUAAUUAUGAACAUAGAAAUCAUUUAAUAUCAUUUUUACAGGAACAUUAGUUUGAAUAAAUGCUAAAUUAUUAAAAUUACAAAGAAACAAACAACAUGAACAUGUAUGUUGAAAUAAAACAUUUGUUUAAGUUGUUAACAAUGUAAUGACUUGAAAACAAACGUUUCAUUUCAAGUCGUUACAUUGUAACAACAAACGUUAUAUUUCAAGUCGUUACAUUGUAACAACAAACGUUUCAUUUCAAGUCGUUACAUUGUAACAACAAACGUUAUAUUUCAAGUCGUUACAUUGUAACAACAAACGUUUUAUUUCAAGUCGUUAUAUUGUAAACAAACAUUUUAUUUCAAGUCGUUACAUUGUAACAAACGUUUAUUUCAAGUCGUUACAUUGUAAACAAACGUUUUAUUUGAAGUCGUUACAUUGAAACAACAAACGUUUAUUUCAAGUCGUUACAUUGUAAACAAACAUUUUAUUUCAAGUCGUUACAUUGUAACAACAAAUGUUUAUUUCAAGUCGUUACAUUGUGACAAACGUUUAUUUCAAGUCGUUACAUUGAAACAACAAACGUUUAUUUCAAGUCGUUACAUUGAAACAACAAACGUUUAUUUCAAGUCGUUACAUUGUAACAAACGUUUAUUUCAAGUCGUUACAUUGUGACACAUGUUUAUUUCAAGUCGUUACAUUGUAACAAACGUUUAUUUCAAGUCGUUACAUGAUAACAAACGUUUAUUUCAAGUCGUUACAUGAUAACAAACGUUUAUUUCACGUCGUUACAUGAUAACAAACGUUUAUUUCAAGUCGUUACAUGAUAAACGUUUAUUUCAAGUCGUUACAUGAUAAACGUUUAUUUCAAGUCGUUACAUGAUAACAAACGUUUAUUUCAAGUCGUUACAUGAUAACAAACGUUUAUUUCACGUCGUUACAUUGUACCCACUUUGUUUCUCCUUUUGUUUGCAGACAUUUUAACGCUGAAAGCUGGAACAGAGAGAAAAUACCAAGAUUGUCUUUUUUGAGUUGUUCGUUGCAUAUAAUAAAAAAGUAUGAAUAAUACUGACAAAUAUUAGUUAUUUUAAUUAAAGCACGCACGUAAUCUACUUGGUGGAAGUCGUAAUCACGCAACAACCUCGUUCACAUUAUUACAAGAUACAUAACUUUUUUUUCUUCUCGUAAUUAAAUUAUUUUAAUACCUCGAUGUUUUACUCGAAAUUGUGACAUAAAUAUGACAUCAUUAUGGUAUGGAUAAUGACUUCGGCCUCACCGUGUACACUUUGUUUUAAAGACAUCGUGACCCCGUGACCUCUCACAGAAUGUAAUGAAGCCUUAUACUGUGGACGUUUUUUUAUUGUUGCUAGUGAAUUGUACAAUCAUUUAAAUCAUUUAUUGAUUAUACAGCACUUUAGACCUUUAGCUGUAUAAAUGAAGAUUACAAUCUAAAACUAGACUUAUUUUACUUGUAUUUUUGACUUUGUUUCAGAUGGUGUUGGUGGACAUGAAGACAAUAAAAGACGUAACGCUG